GGAAACCCGUGUGGCUGGGACGACUGGAACUGGAAGGGCUCCAUAGCAGACCCCAGAACAUUGGGAAAAUACAAAUUCUGUUAAUAAGGCUUAAUUUAGGCGCCUUGUAGGACGCGUUCCGUAUUCUGACGGCAUAAGCUAAAUCUUUGGGGCCCUGAGUCACAGCACCUCAAAAUUAAGUGGAAGCUUUUGGCAGGAUUGAAUAGAAGCAGAAAAACUAGACGUUAAAGUUCUUUUCUAAAAAAUAUUUUUGAUUUUAGAGAGGAAGGGAGAGGGAGAGAUAGAAACAUCAAUGAUGAGUGAGAAUCAUUGAUCAGCUGCCUCUUGCACGCUCCCUACUGGGGAUCGAGCCCGCAACCCGCGCAUGUGCCCUUGGCCAGAAUCCAACCGGACCCUUCAGUCCGCAGGCCAGGCUCUACCCACCCAGCCGAACCGGCCAGGGCGACAUUAAGGAUCUUUAGUCAUUAACUGAAGACAAACAGCUAUGCAAAAUUCUCACAUGGAUGAGUACAGAAAUUCUAGUAAUGGCAGCACAGGCAACAGUUCUGAGGUAGUGGUAGAACAGUCUGCUGAUUUCAGUACUGAAAUUAUGAAUGUCACGGAAAUGGAACAGUCACCUGAUGGAUCUCCUAAUGUGAAUGCAACUACAGAUGAAAAUGAAAUAGCAAAUGCUGUGGACCUUCCAGUGGCAGAAACAGAAGCAAAUUUCCCUCCAGAAUAUGAAAAGUUUUGGAAAACUGUAGAAAAUAAUCCUCAGGAUUUUACAGGCUGGGUAUAUUUGCUUCAGUAUGUAGAACAGGAGAAUCACUUGAUGGCUGCCAGGAAAGCAUUUGACAAAUUUUUCAUACACUAUCCGUAUUGCUAUGGUUACUGGAAAAAGUAUGCAGACCUUGAAAAGCGGCAUGACAACAUUAAACAGUCAGACGAGGUGUAUCGACGGGGGCUUCAGGCAAUACCUCUUAGUGUUGACCUUUGGAUACAUUAUAUAAACUUCUUAAAAGAAACAUUGGAUCCUGGGGAUUCUGAGACAAACAGUACAAUAAGAGGAACUUUUGAGCACGCUGUUCUAGCUGCAGGAACAGAUUUCCGUUCUGACAGACUAUGGGAAAUGUAUAUAAACUGGGAGAAUGAACAGGGAAACCUGAGAGAAGUUACAGCUAUAUAUGAUCGUAUUCUUGGUAUUCCAACACAGCUGUAUAGUCAUCAUUUUCAGAGAUUUAAAGAGCACGUACAGAAUAACUUGCCUAGAGAUCUUCUAACUGGUGAACAGUUCAUUCAGCUGCGAAGGGAAUUAGCUUCUGUAAAUGGACACAGUGGUGAUGAUGGUCCUCCUGGUGAUGAUCUGCCGUCAGGAAUUGAAGACAUAACUGAUCCAGCAAAGCUAAUUACUGAAAUAGAAAACAUGAGGCACAGAAUCAUUGAAAUUCAUCAAGAAAUGUUUAAUUAUAAUGAGCAUGAAGUUAGUAAAAGGUGGACAUUUGAAGAAGGUAUUAAAAGACCUUAUUUUCAUGUGAAACCAUUGGAAAAGGCACAAUUAAAAAACUGGAAAGAAUACUUAGAAUUUGAAAUUGAAAAUGGGACUCAUGAACGAGUUGUGGUUCUCUUUGAAAGAUGUGUCAUAUCAUGUGCCCUCUAUGAGGAGUUUUGGAUUAAGUAUGCCAAGUACAUGGAAAACCAUAGCAUUGAAGGAGUGAGGCAUGUCUUCAGCAGAGCUUGCACUAUUCAUCUCCCAAAGAAACCUGUGGUGCAUAUGCUUUGGGCAGCUUUUGAGGAACAGCAGGGUAAUAUUAAUGAAGCCAGGAAUAUCUUGAGAACAUUUGAAGAAUGUGUUCUAGGAUUGGCAAUGGUUCGUUUGAGAAGAGUAAGUUUAGAACGACGACAUGGAAAUAUGGAAGAAGCUGAACAUUUGCUUCAGGAUGCUAUUAAGAAUGCCAAAUCGAAUACUGAAUCAUCGUUUUAUGCUAUUAAACUAGCCCGGCAUCUUUUCAAAAUACAAAAAAACUUUGCAAAAUCAAAAAAGGUGCUUUUGGAAGCAAUUGAAAGAGACAAAGAGAACACAAAGUUAUAUCUCAAUUUACUUGAAAUGGAAUAUAGUGGUGACCUCAAACAAAAUGAAGAAAAUAUCCUAAAUUGUUUUGACAAAGCUAUACAUGGUUCAUUACCUGUUAAAAUGAGAAUUACAUUUUCUCAGAGAAAAGUGGAAUUUCUUGAAGAUUUUGGUUCAGAUGUUAAUAAGCUUCUGAGUGCUUAUGAUGAGCAUCAAACACUCCUAAAAGAACAGGAUUCUUUGAAAAGGAAAGCAGAAAAUGGAUCAGAAGAACCAGAGGAAAAAAAAGCACACACAGAAGAUACAACUGCAUCCUCUGCGCAGUUGAUUGAUGGUGAUUUACAAGCAAAUCAAGCUGCAUAUAAUUAUAGUGCCUGGUAUCAAUACAAUUACCAGAAUCCUUGGAAUUAUGGACAGUAUUAUCCUCCCCCUCCAACUUGAUGGGAAAAUAUAAAUAUCAGAUGGAGUGUGUGGAAAGUAUAAUGUUAUUUUUUUUCAACAAGAGAUGUAAACAUUGGCUUGUCAUAUUUGACAACUUGUCUUCCCUGUUUCUGUGUAACAUAUGCUUUUAGUAUUAGGGAAAAUGUCACUUAGUAGCUUACCACAGAUACUAUUUCCUACCAUUUAUAAAGUUUACUUUUUAUUGGAGAACUAUUUUUUUGAUUUUUGCAUUAAGUGGUCUAGAAUUCUUUUGCAAUGCAUUUGCAACAGUUUUGUAGCCUUAAGGGUGGGAAAAAAACUGACUGCAAAUCAUGUCAGUGUAGUACAAGAGUCUGAAAAUACAUAAAGGGCUGGUUAUUAAGGAUUUACCUCUCUGUAAAAAGAGAAAAAAAAAAACACACCAAAAAAUGGAUUUUUAACCUUUAUUGACCAGGCUUUGUCUGCGUGUUUCAGUUAUCCCUGUGAAUUUUGAUUUAAUUGCAGGAAAGAUACACACUAUUAAAAUAGUAUGUCAUGGUAUAGAGAUUACAAAUGAGAAAAUCGAAUGUUUGCAUCCCUUUAAAAAAUGAAUAUUGUAUCAAAACUUAUGUUGUUUCAGAAGACUUUGUAUUUACAAUAUUCAUGUAAAUUUGUGAACAAGCUUUCAUUUUGAUCAAACUGAUCAUCUACAUUUUUGUAAUAAAACUGAAGACUCAUCCA